AUGGCGGAGGUUGACUUCGGAGACAGUGAGCUUUUCCAACAGUUAGAUGAUUCUGCGGCCCCUGAGAGCACUCAUAUCCGCUUCACAGAUGAGGAGACGGAGGAGACGGAGCUGGGGCUGCUCCGGACCAGGCUGCAGGAGGCCGAGGCUUUGAAUCAGAAACUUGUGGAGGAAAAUAAAGGAUUGAGAAGAAACCUGAACAUCAUCAUGCGGCCCAGUGGUGUUACCAUUGAUGAUGUCAACGUGGACGGACCUGUACUGCAAAUCCUCUAUGCCAAUAACAUGAUCUCAAAAAAGUGUCGUCAUGAAAUUGAAGAUGCCAUCUGCAACAUUAUACUAAAGAACCAGAAUGUUGGAAACUCCCCCUACUUUUUGAAAGCACAGCCUUCGGCCUUUGCUUUGGAGGAGGAUCCACAUAAUGCAUGUUUCACGAGCAUUAAAACGACAUCAGAGUCCUUCAAACUCAUUGGAAGCGUUCAACACUUUACUACUUUUAGCGUGGACAAACUUGGACAGCCCCUUCUAAAUGAAAACCCUCAGAUGACGGAUGCGUGGGAGGUGCCAGUUUACCAGCAAGUUUUCAAUCAAGUCAUCGGCACAGACGGACAAGAAGUAGAAAUGAAAGACAAAAGACCCAAGAACAUGUGUUUUAACUGUGGGACUGCCGGUCACCAGCUGAGGGAUUGUCCUAAGCCUAAAGAUAUGGCUGCAAUAAACGAGAGAAGGAGGGAGUUCAGUCAGAACAGCAACCCGGCCAUGCAGGGAAACCGUUACCACGCCGACGAGGUGGAGGAACGCUUCUCCAAAUACAAGCCUGGAAUCAUGAGUGAAGAGCUGCUGUCUGCUCUGGGGAUCGACAACUGCACACUGCCUCCGCUGAUCUAUCGCAUGCGCCAGCUGGGCUACCCUCCAGGCUGGCUGAAGGAGGCGGAGAUGGAGAACUCCGGACUCACUUUAUACGAUGGGAAUGUUUCAAAUGAUGGCAGUUCAACAGACGACUCUCUGAAACUGUCGUACGACUUGUCAAAGCUGGUGGAUUUCCCUGGAUUCAAUGUUCCCACGCCUCCGUCAAUGAGAGACGAAUUCAUGCAGUAUGGCUCCGUUCCAAUGCAGAGCAACCACAUGAAGGAAAACUAUGCUGCUUACCUGUCCAGUUACUUUCCAACGCCUGGUUCUGCGAGCAAGAGAAAGAAUGAAUCCAACUCCUCUCCACACAGAAGGAAGAAGAACCGGUCUAGUCCUGAACGGAGCUUUAACUUGGGCUCAGAUAUGGAGGUCGAGUCAGACCCUGGAACGUCUUACAACAAUGGCUCGGGAGACUUCCAGUUCCAGGCACCACCUCCUCGCAGGUCGCCUUGCCUCAGCUCUCCACCUCCUCUGCCCCUCGGCACUCCUCCCAGCACGCCCACACGGCCUCCUCUCCCCAAGGGCACUCCGCCUCCCACGCCCCCCGCCAAUGGCUCUCCGGCCGUGAGGAGACAGAGCCUGGCCCAGGAGGGCACUGCGGACGAGCUCAGUCUGGAAGAGCUGGAGGAGCAGCAAAGGCUGAUCUGGGCCGCUUUGGAAAAUGCGGAUACGGCCACAAAUAGCGACUGCGAGACCCCCGGCAUGGGAACACCCGCGCCAAGUUCUCCCAGCGCCUGCUCGUCGGCUCAUGUGGACACGGAGCCGGACGAGGCGGGCACCCCACAGAGUCCAGGACCAAUCAAAGCGCUGGAAGACACGCCCAAAAGCCCAGAACCCGCCUUAAUUCCAGAGUCUACAAGUUUCAGGCUCAUCAAAACAGACGCUGACAGUCUAGACAACCCGAUGAAUAUCCACGAUGAUCUGCCGCUUUUUCCAGUGGGCGAAGGAGACGAUGACGUGGAGAAAAACGUGCCCAUUCCACACAGGAGCAACUUCGCAGCUGGGAUUGUUCCGUUCGAGGAAACCCCGGAGUAUACUGAGGUGGCAGAGGCAACAGGGAGAUACCUCAAGAUCAGAGACUUGCUCAAAGGGUCGCCUCGCAGACUUAUCCAUCUUGAUGCACUGCUGAUCUUUGGCCACGGCUCUCGCUGCGGAGCCACAGAGCAGGAGUGCAGAGGAGCUGUGGCAGACCUGCUGUCUUCCCUCUCGCUUGGAAACCUGUACAUUUGUUUACAAGGAGGACUUGAACACCACAGACACACACAAGGUGUUUCUUUCCUGUGUCUGCCCUGGUGCUCUCUCCCCAUGUCUUUCGGAGUCCCGUGGCCGUCGGCCCUACACACACGCAUCAUGAGCACAGCCAAACCCAGCGGCCUCAAAGCACCCAGUAAACUCGCCCGAGCUGGAGCAGCGGCGCCCAAGACUGCUCCCACUGCAGGAGCCAAAUCAGCGACAGACAAAUUAGCUCCGAGUGCCGGUGCUGGCGAUGGAGGAGAGGAGAACUUCGAGGUCGGGGAGCGAGUUUGGGUGAACGGGAACAAGCCGGGCGUCGUCCGGUUUCUCGGGGAGACCCAGUUCGCGCCAGGACAGUGGGCGGGCAUCGUACUGGACGAGCCAAUCGGCAAGAACGACGGCUCUGUGGCAGGGGUACGCUACUUUCAGUGUGAGGCCCUGAGAGGAAUCUUCACCCGCCCCUCCAAGCUGUCGCGCACCGAGGGAGAAGCCAAUGGCACCCAGACCGCACCUCCCUCCAGGGCCGCGUCCCCCACCCCCUCUGUGGGCAGCGUGGUAGCCCAAACACCUGCAGCAAAGUCUGCCUCAUCCACCGUGAAGAAGACCCCAGCAGCAGCAGUAACCAGCUCCAACCUCCCGCGCACCAACAGCGAAUCGGUGUCUAACCUGUCAGAGUCUGGAUCAGUCAAGAAAGGAGAGCGGGAGCUGAAGAUGAACGACCGUGUGCUGGUCGGUGGGACAAAGGCUGGAGUGGUGCGCUUCAUUGGAGAGACAGACUUUGCUAAAGGCGAGUGGUGCGGCGUGGAGCUCGAUGAACCGUUGGGCAAAAAUGACGGAGCAGUGGCCGGCACCAGAUAUUUCCAGUGCCAGCCCAAAUACGGCCUGUUUGCUCCGGUUCUUAAAGUCACGCGGAUCGGCUUCCCCUCCACCACGCCGGCCAAAGCCAAGACCACCGCCCGUAAGACCCCCAGCAGCACCCCGACCGGCCUGAAGCGCAGCCCCAGUGCCUCCUCCAUCAGCACCAUGAGCUCUGUGACGUCUGCAGCCAGCGCCAAGCCCAGCCGCACCGGCCUGCUGACAGAGACCUCGUCCAGGUACAACCGUAAGAUCUCGGGCACCACGGCUCUGCAGGAGGCGCUGAAGGAGAAGCAGCAGCACAUCGAGCAGCUGAUGGCGGAGAGGGACAUGGAGAGAGCGGAGGUGGCCCGCCAUACGAGUCAAGCUGGAGACAUGGAGCAAGAAAUCAGUCUGCUCAGAGAUGACCGCGACGAGAUGGAGACAAAAAUGGAUCAGUUACGUGCCUUGGUAGAAGCAGCGGACAAAGACAAAGUAGAGCUGCUCAAUCAGCUGGAGGAGGAACGCAGAAAAGUGGAAGACCUUCAGUUCCGUGUGGAGGAGGCCUGCAUCACCAAAGGGGACUUGGAGGUUGCGACUGUUUCAGAGAAGUCUCGUAUUAUAGAAUUAGAGAAGGAGCUGUCUCUGCGGACAAGAGAAGUGUCUGACCUGCAGCUGCGAGUGUCCAGCCAACAGGACUCCGGAGACCAGGGCUCCAGCACGGCUCCAUUUCUGCAGGAAAUUAACAGUUUGAGAGAGCAGUUGGCUUCCCAGGAAUCCAAACAGCAACAAGAGCUAAAGGGCUACAAUGAGAAGCUGGAGGAGCAGGAGAAGGCUGCGGCUCGGCUUCAGGCCACAUGUGAGCAGCUCCAGGGCCGUCUGCAGCAGGCCGAGCGAGAGAACACUGACACGCUGGAGCUGUGGAAGUCCAAGCUGGAGUCCGCAGUAUCGUCUCACCAACAAUCCAUGGAAGAGCUAAAGAUGUCUUUCAGCAAAGGCACGCACUCACAAACAACAGAGCUCAUCGAAGCCAAAAGUGCUCUAGAAAAGCUCAAAUUGGAGCAUUUUGGUUUCGUAGAAGAAAGUGAAGCCAAACUUAAAACUGAAAUAUCCACACGGACUCAGGAAACCCAGGCCCUGAAGGCACAGCUGUCGUGCACGACUGAGGAGAAGGAGAAGCUGGAGGAGAAUCUGAAGAACCAAGUGGAGAAAGCCGAGGAGCAGCAUCUGGUGGAGAUGGAGGAGGUCCUGGGUAAACUCCACACUGCAGAGCUGAGGCUAAAGGAGCUGGAGGAGAAGGAGGCAGAGUCCAGACAAGUCAAGGAGCGAGAAACCAAAGAGCUGACGGCCCAGAUGGAGGUUCUCCGCUGCCAAGAAGCACAAAGCACAAAGGACCUGAUCAGUGUGAGAAAGCGGCUCGAAGACGCUCUGAGUCAGCAGGGAGCCAAGGAGGGCGAGUUGGGCUCUCGUCUCGGGGACAAAGAAAAAGAGGUGCUCGGUCUUCAGCAGACUGUGAGCACUCUGCAGGAGCAGAAGAAUGAGCUGGAACAGAAGCUUGGAGACUUUAAAGUGAAAAUGUCCGAAAUCUCAGAGGAGCACACCAAAUCCAUAAAAACUAUGCAAAAUACAAGUGAAAAGCUCGGUGAGAAGGAGGAGCAGCUAACCAUGCUAACUGCACAAACUGAAGCACUUAGAGGUCAACUUACAGGUUUAGAAAGAAAGCUGAAGACGGCCGAAGAAAAAGUUGAGCAGCUAACUCAGGACAAGAGUAAUCUGGAAAAUAACAUCUCUGACAUGAUGAAGGAGUCUGGAGACAGCUCCGAGCAGCUCACCAAGAUGAACCAAGACCUCGUACUCAAAGAAAGGAGGCUUGAGGAGCUGCAGGCACUUCUCGCUGAGGAGAAGGAAACCGUGGCUCAGAUGAACGAUAAACUCCAACAAGAGACGACUCAGAAGGAGCAGCAGCUGAGAGAGACCAGAGAGACGCACCAGAAGGAGAUGAGACAGCUGCAGGACAAGAUCUCCACACUGGAGAAGUCUGCUGAAGAGGCAGCUGCUUCUGUGGAGGAGAUGAAGGCGUCUCAUCAGAAGGCCCUGAGCGCUGCCUCUGAGCUCCAACAGCAGAAGGACGCAGAGCUGCAGCGGCUGGUGACGGAGCUGCAGGAGCAUAAGCAGCAGACAGAGUGUCUUUCUGCUGAGCUCCAAACCACCAAGCAUGAUGUUGAGCUGCUUUCCCAACAAGCGGAAAAGCAAAAGUCAGAUCUAGAGCUCAGGCGCAAGGAAAGCGAUUCAGAGAAGUCGCAGCUGCAGAAGGAGUUGUCCGAGGUCCGCGCUCAGAUUUCCGACGUCGAAAGUAGCUACGACAAGCUGCAGGAAGAGCACAAGCAGCUGCAAAUGGCGAAGGAAGAACUUUCAAAACGCCACGAUGAGCUGGAGACACUAUGCAAAAGUUCAGACGACGAAAGAAGUUCUCUCAAAAAGCACUUGCAAAACAUCACAAAUGAUCUGCAAGUGGCACGGACAGAAAGUAAACAACUCAAAGAGGCCCAUAAUGAGCAGUUGGCCAAAACGGCAGAGCUCGAGAAACGAAAUGCAGAGAAGCAGGAUCUUGUUCUGAAGCAGAAAAACGAGAUAGAAGAAAUCCAGGCUCAAAAGAAGCAGCUGCAAGCCGAUUACGACGGCGUUUGUAAAGAGAAGAGUAGACUCGAAGAAGAUUUUGCGCAAAAGGAGUCCAAGCUGUUAUCGGCGAAGGAAAACCUGGCCUCGGAGCUGAAUUCUGCGAGAAAAGCCAAGAAGUCAUUGGAUGCAAAAAAUACCGAACUCCAAACAAAGCUGAACUCGCUAAACCUGGAGAAAGAGGAUCUCACGAUGAAGAACAGCCAAAUGCAAGCCCUCAACGAGACACUGACCAAAGAGUCCGCCAAACUAUCCAGCGACAUCAGUGCAGUCACGUCGGACAAAACGGACCUGGAAAAGGCCAAAGAGGAGCUGCAACGUCAGCUCGAUGUCGCCAAGAAGGAGCUGGAAGCAAACCGGCGCCAGUGCGAAGAGGUGAAGGUCUCCAAAAACGGACUGGCUCAAAUGCUGGAGGAGUUCAAGACAAGCAGCCAAGUCACCGAUUCCGAGAGGCUGCAACUGCUGCAAGAGAAGGAGGACCUGCUCACGGUUCACAGGAAAACCAGCAGUGAAAACCAAGAGCUGCUCAAAGAGAUCGGAGAGCUCAAAAACAAGGUCGAGGCACUAGUCGAUCAGCUAGCAAAGGCCAACCACAAAUGCAAGGAGCUGCUGGAAGCUUCGGAGCAGGAGAAAGUGUCCUCCCAGAAGCAGAGUUCUGAAGCAGAGAUGGCUUUCCACGCACUAAAGAAAGAACACAUGAGUCUAGAGUCGAGGCUAGAGCAGCUAAAGAUGGACAAUGAGCGGCUAGCAGGCGAGAAUGGAGAACUGGAGAGUAAAGUGGGAAAGGUCCUAGCAGAAAGGGAUGGAGUUUCAGGCGAGAAGGAAGGAUUGUCCACUGACUUGAGAGCAGCUUCAGAUCAGUUGGAUACUGUCUCCAAAGCAAAUGCAGAACUAGCCCAAGAGAAGUCAGAUCUAUGGAGCAAGCUGGAGAUGAUUACAAAGCAGAAAUGUGAGGUUGAGGCUGUAGUGACGGCUCUGAAACAGGACAAGAUUGACGUAGAGAAUCAGGUACUUAAGCUAAAUGAGGAAAUUGAAACUUCAAGAAUUUCUAAGGAGAAACUUGUUGAGGAGCAUGGUACUUUAAAGCAACAGCUAGAAAAGACUAAUUCAAAGCUGGUUGAGAAGGUUAAAAGACUCACGAAUGAUUGUCAAAACCUGCGUUCAGGGCAGAGUGAUACGGGCAAGCAGCUGGAGUCUGUAGAGUUGGAGAAGCAACAGUUGCACCAAGAAUUAGAAAAGUUACAAUCUGAAAUGCAGCUUAUGUCCCAAGAGAAGGAGAGUCUUGAGACGCGGGUCCAAACUGAAACUAGCCAGCGUGCUGAGGUUGUCGCGGUUAAAGAUUGUCUCUCUAAACGAGUGGAGGAGUUGGAGCAGAUGGUAGAAAAACUGAGAGAGGAAAAUCAACAAGUGUCUCUGAGUCUACAAGAGAGUGAUCAGGACAAAAAGGGAACAGUGGAGGAAAUGUCCAGGCAAAUGAAACAACAAGAGCAGGAGUCCAGUCGGCUAACCACUGAGAAGGAACAACUCCGGGCUGAAACGGAGGAGAUGAACAAACGCAUUGUUGAUUUGAACGCAGAAAAGGAACAACUAUCUAUAUCACAACGCAGCUUAGAGCAAGAUCUAGCUUCUCUGCGCAGCGAAAAGGAAAAUUGGCUCAAAGAACAAUUCGGGCUGAAAGGGGAGUUGGAAAAGCUAAUGAACGAUCACGAGAAAGCUGAAGCUUAUCUUAAAAUGCUCCGGCACGACAAGGAAGAGCUGGAGAAGCAAAAUCAGCAAAUGACUACAGAGGCCUCGACGUCGGCUGGAGAACGACAGCAGAUGAUGACAGAAAUCACAGCUCAGAGGGACCUCCUGCGGAAGGAGCGUGACGCUGCCCUGCAACAGGCCACCCAGCUCCAGACGCAGCUCUCACAUGCACUUUCUAAGCAGCUUGAGGCCAAAGAGACUAGUGGGAAAACGUCUGAGGCUCUUGAGCUGCUGUCCGGUGAGAAAGCCGCUCUGCUUCAGGAGAAGACUCAGACACAGUCUCUGUUAGAGGAGCUGCGUACGUCCAAAAACCUCCUGGAGUCUGAGAUGAAAACACUAAAGGAGGAGAAGGCGAAGCACCAGAAGGAUCUGAAAACGACCAAAGAGCAGCUCGCCACAGAGUCUGAGAGGAGCAAGAGCCUGGGCCUGGAGCUAGAGAGGCUGAAAGAAGAGGUGUCCACAAAGAGCCAGAGUCUGCAGAGUCUGCAGCAGCAGCAGGAGCAUCUCAGCAAAGAGCUGGGCGACAGCCACAAGGACCAGGCCCAAUUGUCCAAGCUCAAGAAUGAACACUCCAAGCUUAAGCAGCAAGUGAAGGACCUGAAGCACAGCGAGAGUCUCUUGAAGGAGCAGCUGGAGAAAGAGAAGGCGUCGCUGACCAAGAACAGUGCCUUAAUCAGCUGCAACGAGGAGGAGCUGGAGGAGCUCAGGAGACGGCUGACGGAGCAGCAGGCGAACACAGCGUCAGCUCGAGCUCUGGAGGCCACAGUGGAGGCUCUGGAGCGAGACAAGUCCAGUCUGAGCGAGCGCCUCCACAAACUGGAGACUCAGAGAAGAGAAGGAGAUGAUCCAGGCUCAGGAAAUGCUGAGGUGGAUGAGCUCCGAGAGGAGAAUGAGUCUCUGGAGAGUCAGAUUGACUUCCUGAACUCUGUGAUCGUGGACCUCCAGAGGAAGAACCAGGAGCUCAAGGACAAACUGGAGAAGCUGUCGACCGCAGCGCUGAACGGGAACAGCGCCAACGAGAUGGACAACUACGAGAGUGAGGCUCACAACACAAAGAAGAAGCUCCCUCCUCGUCUCUUCUGCGACAUCUGCGACUGUUUCGACCUCCACGACACGGAGGACUGCCCCACACAGGCCCAGGAGGAAGAGUCCCCGCCCCACAGCACCUACCACGGCUCGCGGGACGACGAGCGGCCGUACUGCGACAUCUGCGAGGUGUUCGGACACGCCACCGACGCCUGCAACGACGACCAGACCUUCUGA